GGCGAUGGAGGGCGGCGAAACUCCCAGCGAGCCCGGCCCGGGUGGGUCUCGAUUGCCCCUCCAGAAACCCUUCAGCGCUGGGAUUUUUUCCCCUGAUAAAGCCGAGCUUUGCCUGGCAGGGCCUGGCGGGCGCUUCCCGGUGGCGGCGGUGGAUGAGAUCCUGAGGGAAGUGCUGGGGAGCGCCCUGAGGGAGCAGCGCUACGAGCCGGGGCCGUGCCGGGAGGCGGCCAAGGACAUCGCCGAGGUUGUGAAGGCGCGGGUGAAAGCGCUGCAGGUGCCCAGGUACAAGAUCGUGGUGGUGGCUCACAUCGGGCAGCUGGGCCAGCAGAGCCUGCAGAUCAGCAGCAGGUGCCUCUGGGACCCCCACACUGACACCUUCUCCUCCUACGUGUUCAAGAACACCUCGCUUUUUGCUGUGGCAAACGUCUAUGGUGUGUAUUUUGAGUAGGGAGGUGGUGGAGUUUAGCAGCAGGAGAAAUGGAUAUUCAGCCUAACUCUUCCCUUUUCUGUUGAAAAUAUCUGUGGAAGACCAAGGUACUCUCACCUGCUUUACAACAUAAGCCUUUGGGCAAAUGGAAUAAGGGUCUUUCCCAGAGUUUUCUCUGGGGAGUGACUUUCUAAGGUGCAGUUUUGCAGCUGAUUGCUGCUUGCAGAACUUGCCCUGUCGGGGAAAUAUGUUCAGAAUAUUCCCUGUAAGUAAUAUUUUCCCUGUUCUCCUCCAGGAAACCUUCCUGGAGUAGGAAAUAAACGGAAUUUUAAGUUUUUCCUGCCUGGUUUUGGGGCUGGUGCUGAUGGUUCUAAGUCUCUCCUGUUGCAGCCGUCCCCUGCUGAGGUGGGGUCUGGCUGACCUUGCUCUGAAUCUGAAACCAGACUUUUUGCCACCCCUAUUUCUCUGCUGAAACCUGCUGUUAGAUUUUCCUGAGUCAGAGAACAAAUCUACCACAAAUUGCUUAUUUUAUUACAUUUUAGGUGCAAAGCUGAAACCCAGAACAGUAGUUAGUUGGGUAGAAACACUUCAUGUACUCAUGACUGAAAGUUUAACCCACUGUAAACACUGUGAAAUGCAGACAACCUGAAGCCACUUGCUGGUGUGCCCUGUGACAUUUAACACCCAAAAAGCUACAA